GGAUUAUGUGUUUGCAUAACUGAACCCACAUGCACAUUCGCAUGUGACAAAUCAUGAGAUCAAUGCAUGGUUUGCUCCAGCCAGCUACAUCUUUCCUUUAUCAUUUUAAGGACGCGCUUGUUGGUCUCACGUUUGGCAUGCAGCUAAUGCAGUGGUGCGUGGCACCUAUCUCCAGCUAGAUAUACCUCUUGUUGUCUUUGUUUCCUCAGCGACUUUAUGUUUGCCACGUUGUCAUGCCUCUUUGAUCUGGGACUUUCAUUUGGAGGACCUGAGCAACUUAGACUACGUCAGACACGCGAUACAGACAAGCCCAUAAGUUUUGGUUUUUUUUCUCUACCCUUUUUACAGGCAGACCGCCGCUUUAUCUUGAAGACCUCCUUCGUUGUCUCGCAGCCUUACGGUUGCCUUGCAGCUCUGUGUAACACUGACCCCGCAGACUUCGCAUCUGCGAGCACGCGUCUUUCUGUUGACAACAUCUACCUUUUGCUUUGCCUCGAUACACCUAACAACAACUUUGGCGGUUAGAUUUUUCUUUGCGAGAUCAAUAUUAUACGCCAGAUUUUGACUUCCUCAAUAAUACACCCAGACUUUGAAUUCUCGAGGCUAAGCAAGAUGAGUAACCCCCGCCCCGCAAAGCAACCUUGCUUUCAGUUCAAGAGAAACCGGUGCACUUUUGGCGCUCGCUGCAAGUUCUCUCAUGACCUGAGCAGUUCGGCAGCAGGUCAGCAUGGGGGUCCGUCAGCUCCAUCGCAGAUGCGGAGUUCAAGCAGAAAAGACGAAGAUGAUCUCAGAGAAUGGAAACGGCUUCUUCGCCAAGGACGCUUCUCUCCUAACCGCAGUACAUGUGAUCGCUUCUUCGAGCUAGCUGUCAAGCUCAUUGACGGGGAUCUAGGUGCCUCUCAGGAAACCAUCAAACUUCUUGCCAGUGAGGAUGGUCUUGCGUACAUUCGCUUGCUUAUUGAGAACCACCUUGCCAUUGCUACCGCUGGCUAUGCAAAACAAGAUGUUUGGUUUAAGCUGUUGCAACCCCUUUUUACUAUCAUCACACACCAUCGCGUGGUCGAUUCUGCAGUGCUUGAGCAGCAAGUGGCUACUAUCUACAACUUUAUACAAGGCAUUGGUGGCAAGCGAAUGAGAAUUGUGUUCAAUUUUGUCAUUGAUCUUGUUAAAUCAAGUGCUCUCACAAGCAUCUCAACCAGCAAUACCUCACCUACUUCAAAACCAGUCAUUAUUGAGACUUGUCUAGCAGUUCUCUGCAAGAUGGUUGACUGCAAUACGAACAAUAUCAUAGAUGAGUAUUUCAAGGUGGUGUCCGAGGAGAUGGAGUCGUCAUUGAAGGGCUUGGAAGUCACGUCUGACCAGUAUUCCAUGAUGCAGUCGAAGAAAUGGAUUGGCUAUAUCCAUUCCCGCCUUGGAGUUGGGGAUAAGCUGCCAUCAUUCCAAUCCCACACGCCCCAAACCUCUGAAUCACGCGCCAAGUUCACUCUACCCAAGGAUUUUCCUGGUCGCCUUUGUGCAGCAGGUGCUCGUCAUGACAAUGACCAUGCUAGGAUCACAGAUAUCAGUAUCCUUCCCACCAAUGAUGAAGUUGUCUCGACCAGAGCAGAGUACCUACCGACCAACGACCCUUCGUCGUUUCACCUUCCUGGUAUUGUUGGGCGCCUUGAUCGAGAGUUUCGACUAUUGCGAGAAGACACGGUAGGCCAGUUGCGGGAUGCAGUACGUGGCGUGCUAGAGAUAAUGCGACAUCCCAAUCAGAAGUUGAAAGGCGAUGAGCGACGAAGCUUAUUUACGUACAUGUAUCCAGGCGCGGAGAUUGUUGAUGCUUCCUUUGACCAAUUAAGCGGCCUGGAUUUGUCAGUGCGUUUUCCACAACCAAGAGGUGCCACCUAUCAGAAACGUCAGGAAUGGUGGACACAAUCCAAACGACUACAGCCGGGUGCACUUGUAUGUGUGAUCAGCGGCGAUGGCUCAGUUCUGUUCUGCGUUGUCGCCGAAACUACCAUCAUAACCUCCGACCAGAAAUUGAACGGGCGUCGAGUUAAUGAUACUACGCAAGAGACAUCAGAUCAGCAAAAGCUUUCCCUAGCAGAAGAUAACGAGUUUUCAUUUGUUCAUCUCAACAUUGCGGAGCUCAAAGACAAUAACAUUCAGCAGGCCCUUCGCUGGUACCGGAAUGUUGGACCGAAUCACCCAAAAUAUCUUGUUGAGUUCCCUGGUGUGCUACUGGCCGCAUUUCAGCACACUCUCGUGGCACUCCAACGUAUGUCCAAAGUCCCUCAUGUGCCAUUUAUCGACUUAAUUGCACCUGGAAAUCAGAAGACAGGGAUGGUCGAUAUUCCACCUCCGCACUACGCCACAAAAGCCGGUUUUUACUUUGACCUUGAAUGUUUGGUAACAGACGGCACCAAGCUCAGGCUUUCCCACGACCAGUAUCUGAAUCAUAGAACCCUUAUGAAACACUCGACACUAGACGAAACCCAGUCUUUGGCUCUUAUUAACAGCCUGCUGCGAGGUCUCGCACUGAUCCAAGGGCCUCCUGGGACCGGCAAGAGCUACACUGGCGAAAAGAUUAUCAAGGUUCUUCUUGCAAACAAGGAACGAGGGGAUCUGGGUCCGAUACUAUGUGUUUGUUAUACGAACCAUGCCCUAGACCAAUUGCUUGAACAUCUACUAGACGAUGGAGUAAAGCAAAUCGUUCGGAUUGGCUCGCGCUCAAAGUCUGACCGGCUUGAAAAAGUCAAUCUCCGAGUUGUGGCUAGGUCCGCCGAACGUACAAAAUCAGAGAAGGCCGCCUUGUGGGAAGCGAGGGAUGCAUUGGUGACGCUCGAUUCAAGUGCAUCGCGUUCGUUGCUACAACUUGAACACUGUCUUGGCCAACAAGCCCUUCAAGAAUAUCUGGCGGAGCAUCACCCUUCACACCAUGAAGCCUUAUUUGGAAAAUUGGUGGAUGAAGAGGGAUUUCAGGAAGUUCAGCGCAAUUCUCAUAAACGCGUUGACAAGUGGCUACGCCAUGGCAAAGCCGUUAAGGAGACCCGUGUUGGGCGCCAAGUUGAACAAUUGUUCGCAGCAGACCUUUGGACCAUGACUCAUACAGAACGCCAGAACUUGUAUCACUACUGGCAAAGGCAGAUCCGAAACCAGAUCAUUCGAAGUGUUGUCUUCGAGCACCGAGAUUAUGUAAAAACAAAGGAAAAACGCGACCACAUCUAUCAAGAGGUUGAUCUACGAUGCUUAUCAUCAGCAAAUGUGGUCGGAGUUACAACCACUGGCCUGGCCAGAAAUCUGAAUCUCCUCCGAAGGUUAAGAUGUAAAGUACUGCUGUGCGAAGAGGCUGGUGAGGUGCUAGAAGCGCAUAAUCUCACCGCGUUACUUCCAUCAAUCGAACACUGCAUCCUUAUUGGCGAUCAGCUACAGCUCCGGCCACAGAUUCAGAACUAUGACCUGAGCUCGGCAAAUCCUCGUGGUGUCCAAUAUUCAUUGGAUGUAUCGUUAUUUGAGCGCUUAGUAAGUCCGUCACGAGAUGAAGAGCAACAGCUCCCUCGUGAUACUCUCCAGACUCAGCGCCGUAUGCACCCUAGCAUAUCCAACCUUGUUCGACACACCCUAUAUCCGGCAUUAGUGGAUGGUGAGGCGGUUUCUAAAUAUCCCGAGAUCAUAGGUAUGAAGAAACGUCUAUUCUGGCUUCAUCAUACAGUUCUAGAAGAUCGAGCCCAGAAUCAAGAUCCUACCUCUACAUCACAUACGAACUCUUUCGAAAUCGAGAUGACUGUAGCCCUUGUUCAGCAUCUCGUUCGGCAAGGCACCUAUGCCCCGGAUGAAAUUGCUGUUAUUACUCCUUACCUCGGACAGCUUCAUCGCCUUCGACGAGUAAUGCAAAAUUUACUACAGAUAUCUUUUGGUGAGAGGGAUCUUGAAGACCUAGCGGCGCUGGAUGCAAGCAAGGUUGAAGAAGAUGAGGGUUCUCCUGUUCUUCCGCCCAGUACAAGCACUCGGACAACGCUACUGAAAAGCAUUCGUCUUGCGACUGUUGACAACUUCCAGGGUGAGGAAGCAAAGGUUGUUGUUAUCUCCCUCGUCCGAAGCAAUCCAGAGCGACGCUGCGGAUUCUUGAGUACUAGCAAUCGCAUCAACGUGCUCCUCUCGCGGGCCAAGCACGGGAUGUAUCUAAUAGGCAAUGCGGAUACUUACGAACGUGUCUCUAUGUGGUCACAAGUUAUCUCGAUGCUCCGAAAUGAGAACAAUAUCGGACCUGCUUUGCAACUUCAGUGUCCUCGACACCCUGACCAGCUCAUUGAAGCCUCAACGCCCGAUCACUUUCUUCAAUUUGCUCCUGAGGGAGGUUGUUGUCGGCAGUGCGACCGAAGACUGGCUUGUGGGCAUGCCUGCAUUAAUCGAUGCCACUCUCAGGUUCUUCACAAUGCUGUUAAAUGUCUGGAGCCAUGCCCACGGCCAAAGCAAGGCUGUGAUCACCCCUGUAAACUGUAUUGUGGAGAUACCUGCGAGCCUAAGUGCAGAGAAAUAAUCGAGAACCCCAGCACCUCCCUACCUUGUGGGCACCAGGUGACGAGAGCUUACUGCUGGCAAGUUCAAGAGCCAUCCUCUAUCAUUUGUCGAAUGCAAGUUACCAAGACUGUGCCUGGCUGUAACCAUACGGUCAGCGUCUUCUGUCAUACCGACGUGACCUCAGCAAGCUACAGAUGUACAAGCCUCUGCGGCGACCCCCAACCUUGUGGACAUUCUUGUCGUAGUCAGUGUCAUCGUUGUAAGGAUAGAAAAGAUGGGAGCAUAGCGGGUGAACACCACGAGACCUGUCGACAACCUUGCAAUCGCGCGUACACCGCUUGCUCUCACGCCUGUUUGAAGGCUUGCCAUGGUGAGAACAAGUGUCCGCCAUGCCCCAGGCCCUGCGAAGUGCGCUGCAGUCACUCAAAAUGUGGUAAACAGUGCCAAGAGCCUUGUGUGCCCUGUGCCGAGAAAGACUGCUCAUCAUCUUGCCCACAUCAGAAAUGCACGAUGCCAUGUGCGGCGCCUUGUGAUUGGAUUCCCUGCUCUAAAAGAUGUGAGCAAAUUCUCACUUGUGGCCAUCAAUGCCCCUCACUCUGCGGCGAAUCAUGCCCUAAUACGAAGUAUUGUCAAGUCUGUGGCACAGAUGACAUUAAGUCUAGCGUUGUUGACUUCAUCAUGGGCACACAGUAUCACCAGGUUGACCUCGACGAAGACCCAUGUAUCUUCCCCGACUGUGGUCACUUUUUCACUAUGACCAAUAUGGAUGGCAUAAUGGACCUGAAGGCUCAUUAUGAGAUGUCUCCUGAUCUUGACUCAUGCCCCAUCGCGCUGUGUACUAGUUCUGCACCGUUCUCGAUGGACGAAGUGAAAACAUGCCCUUCUUGCCGAGGCUCCUUACGCAAUAUCGCCCGAUAUGGCAAAAUCAUUCGUCGUGCCAUGCUCGAUGAAGCAACAAAGAAAUUCAUUACUUGGUCAAACAGUGGCUUCUUGCAGUUAGCUGACCAGCUCGUGGAUGUGCAAAUGGCACUCGCAGAAACCCCAGCGCCUACAGUACAACGACAUCAAGGUCCUCCAACCAAGCUGGUCAUCUCCAAAGGGCGUCUUCAGCAAUUGGAACUUGUGAAUAGUUGGGUCGGCCAUUCCAGAUACAAAGACGCGGUACGGUUAUGGACUCAUAUCAGCGGAUUCAUCCGCCAAGUCCGUAGAGAAGAACAACCUCUACAGCGCGUUGCAAAUCAUGUCCAGCACGCUAUAAAACAACGACGAACCACCAGUGCCUUCACCUUUGAUGAGUCUGCGCUUCAGGUAAAAGGAGUGCUGCAGGCUAUAGGGUUGCUACUGAAAUGCGAAAUCGCCGUCUUCACCGACUUCAUGACGGUUCGCCUACCACUCAUUCCCCUCCGGCCAGAGAUCAACCUGAAUCUAUCACAACAACUGAAAGAAUGCGAGAAUUUGAUUGGCAUGGCUAAGUUAGCCCAUUACCCUCGCGAACAGGUCGAAGGUCACAUUUACUUCGCCAAGUUCUGCGCGUUUGCACGCACCCUUGCACCCGAGCCCCCCGAGCCGGCAGGGGACUCAGCCUCGGACGGCACUACCUCCGACAUUCGCGAGCAGUUGAAAUCACAAGCUACGACUCACAUUACUACGGCAAAGGAACUUCUAAACAAGUAUCCUUCCACUCAUGUGCUCGAACCCGAUGUAGAAGGGGCCGAGAAGAUGCUGCGUGAUGCGGUCUUUUACACAAAGGUGUCGGCGGAGGAGAUGCGAGCCGUCUACAAAGCCAUGUCCAGGGAAUUUUCAGGAACGGGACAUUGGUAUAACUGUGUCAACGGGCACCCAUUCACGAUUGGUGAGUGCGGUAUGCCUAUGGAGCAGGCUCGAUGUCCUGAGUGCGGGUCUCCUGUCGGAGGCGCAAAUCAUCAGUCUGUGGAGGGCGUUCAACGUGCGAAUGAGAUUGAUGAGCUAGCUCGUGGUAUGAAUCGGGUGAAUAUCUGAGGUGAAGCGCUGUCCGUUAACGCUAUUUCGCUUUGAGCCAUCUCGAUAUUGAGUUUCUCCAUAAGGAACCUGUCACAGUACUGCCCAGCUAUGGUUUCAUGUAUUUGUUCUAUUAUUGCACAAAGAGGGAAGUUCUAAUUUUCGCCCCUUAUUCCCUUUCCUAGCGUUAUAUACAAUAUUCCUUAAUCCAUACUAUAUAUUAGAAAUUAAGCUUCUUUAAUUCC